CAGAUGUAUAUUCAAGUUUAUGCAGUUUAGAACCAAAAUUUUCUUGCAAUUCAGAUCCAAGAUUAUUGUUUAAAAAUAUUUCAAGAUUUUGUGAUCUAGAACCAGAAUUGUCCUGCAAUUCAGGUCUAGAAUUAUUGAUUAAUGAAGGCAUUCAAGAAGACU